CUCCAGCCGUCAGUUCCUUUCGAUUUGCCGAUUGGGUUUGUUCCCGUUCGUCCUUUGCCGAUAGUCCCGUCCAACGCUCGCGAGUCAAAGUGUCGCGCGCUAAAAUAUUCUGCAGGCCAGACCCCAGACCAGACCAGACCAGACCAGAGCAGAGCAGAGCAGAGCAGCUCCAGCAGUAGUCAGCCAGCCGAGCAGCAGUCAGCAAGUCCUUUGCUCCCCCAAAAUAGCAUCGCGUAGUGUUUGUUUAGUGUAGUAUACAUUUGGGCGCGGCAGCAGCGAAAAUCCCAGUCGCCGGAGUCUCUCAAUAAGGAUAUAAAAUUUACAACAUUGUUGCGUCCGAUAUUUUGAUACCAACGAAGAAGACCACCAAUUCAAUCAGAGAGAUAUAUACGCUAAAACGAGAAUCAAUCAAUCCCAAUCACCGAAAAUCAAAAGCAAUAGCGUUAAGCCAAGCGUGUGUGUCUGUGUCUGAGGAAAAGAGUGUGUGUGUUCUACAAAAAAAAAGAAAAACAAGGGAUCCCCGAUCGAGAUCCUUGAAGAGCUAAAGCUGCAUUGUGAUUUCAUUUUACCUGCAAACGCAACCAAACAAACGAAAAUUGGUUUUUUUAUAUACAAACAAAAAAACACCGACUUUGUGACCAAGCCAACGCCAAAUUUUUAAACGUUUUUUGAAAACUUUACAUCAAACCCCACAAAAACCACACGCAAAAUGGGUCUCUGCGCCUCCAAGGACAAAAAGGAGAAGGUGAUCGAGGGCGAGGUGGCCAAUGGUGAACCCAAUGGCACCGCCACGGCAGCUGGCGCUGGAGGAGAUGGCAAACAAGACACCAUGGUUGAUGCCGCUGUUCUCGCUAAACUGGAGGAGGGUUACGCCAAGCUGGCUGCCUCCGACUCCAAGUCGCUGUUGAAGAAGUACCUGACCAAGGAGGUCUUCGACAACCUGAAGAACAAGGUCACGCCCACCUUCAAGUCGACCCUGCUGGAUGUGAUCCAGUCCGGCCUGGAGAACCACGACUCUGGCGUGGGCAUCUACGCCCCCGAUGCCGAGGCUUACACAGUGUUCGCCGACCUGUUCGACCCCAUCAUCGAGGACUACCAUGGUGGCUUCAAGAAGACCGACAAGCACCCGGCCUCCACCUUUGGCGAUGUGUCCACCUUCGGCAACGUUGACCCCACCAACGAGUACGUGAUCUCCACUCGCGUGCGUUGCGGUCGCUCCAUGCAGGGAUACCCCUUCAACCCCUGCUUGACCGAGGCCCAGUACAAGGAGAUGGAAGGCAAGGUCAGCAGCACUCUGUCCGGCUUGGAAGGCGAGCUGAAGGGCAAGUUCUACCCCCUGACUGGCAUGGAGAAGGCCGUCCAGCAGCAGCUGAUCGACGACCACUUCCUGUUCAAGGAGGGCGAUCGUUUCCUGCAGGCCGCCAACGCCUGCCGCUUCUGGCCCAGCGGCCGUGGCAUCUACCACAACGAUGCCAAGACCUUCCUGGUCUGGUGCAACGAGGAGGACCAUCUCCGCAUCAUCUCCAUGCAGCAGGGCGGUGAUCUGGGCCAGAUCUACAAGCGUCUGGUGACCGCCGUCAACGAAAUCGAGAAGCGUGUGCCCUUCAGCCACGACGACCGUCUCGGUUUCCUGACCUUCUGCCCCACCAACCUGGGCACCACCAUCCGUGCCUCCGUGCACAUCAAGGUGCCCAAGCUGGCCUCCAACAAGGCUAAGCUGGAGGAGGUUGCCGCCAAGUACAACCUGCAGGUGCGCGGAACCCGCGGUGAGCACACCGAGGCUGAGGGUGGUGUCUACGACAUCUCCAACAAGCGUCGCAUGGGUCUGACCGAGUUCGAGGCCGUCAAGGAGAUGUACGAUGGCAUCACCGAGCUGAUCAAGCUCGAGAAGAGCCUGUAAAUUGCCCGCCAACCGCCGAGCAUCGUCCCCCCGGCUGGAGGUGCGUCCUCCGGAGCUAACAUCUAUCCACGGCAGCCACCAGUUCGGGGCACACGCAACAAUCAAGAACAACAACAGCAACACUUAGAAAUCUUCGGCUCGUCCGCCUUGUCGCUUUUGGGCGGUUCGGACUGCAAAAAUGUCUUAGUUUGUAGCGAUGGUGUGGAGCUGCUGUCCCAGUCCGGCGACCUUCGGCAUUUUCGUAUACUUUGAGGGUCGCGGGCGCAGGCAGGGAUCCCAUCUUGCAACACCACCAACACCCACAGCAGCAGCAGCAGCAACAACAACGGAUAACUAUUUGACA